UUAUAGAAUAUUUCAUGUUUCUGAAUUUUCAAUUACUCAGAUUUAUUAUAAUACAAUUAAGUACAUGAAUAUAUUUUUUAAUUUUUUUUUAUUCAAUUUUUAUUUUUGCCUUAAUAAGUCUAUUAUAAUUUAUAUAUUCAUUAAUAAUAGUAUUUAUACUUAGUAUUUUGCUUGUGUUUAAUUAAUUACUUAUACAUUAUCAUGAGUUGUAAAAAAAAUAAUGGACCUGGAUAUAAAACCCCUUUAGACGCUUUUUCCAAUGGAAAAAAAGAAGUAAUUUUGUACACUGUUUGUAUAAAUCCAAAUCCAGAAGUUACCAAUAAACCAGAUUAUUUAGCUACUGUCGAUGUUGAUCCAAAAAGUUCUACAUACUCCCAGGUAAUACACAGAACUUAUGUUGGAAAAAUUGGAGAUGAAUUGCAUCAUUUUGGUUGGAAUAGUUGUAGUAGUUGCUUUGGGGAUUGUUCAAAAAAACGAAAUAAAAUUAUUUUGCCUGCAUUAGGAUCUGACCGAAUAUAUAUUUUAGAUGUUACUGAUGAACGAAUGCCUAAAUUAUAUAAAACAAUUGAACCAGAGGAAGUACAUGCUCUAAAUGUAUCUUCUUUGCAUACAACUCAUUGUCUUCCUAAUGGUUCUGUUAUGAUUUCAACUAUGGGAGAUGCUGAAGGAAACGAGAAAGGUGAUUUUUUAUUAAUUGAUGCUAAUGAAGGUGUUGUUAAAGAAACUUGGACUAUAGGAAAAACAGCAAAAUUUGGUUAUGACUUUUGGUACCAACCUUAUUGGGAUAUCUUAGUAUCAUCAGAAUGGGGAACACCAAAAUUUUUUAAAACAGGUUUUCAUCCUGAGCAUGUGAAUAACCCAGGUAUGAUCACUGAUAUUUUAAUUUCAUUGGAUGAUAAAUAUCUGUAUUUUUCCAAUUGGUUACAUGGAGAUAUCAGACAAUAUAAUAUAACUGAUACAAAAAAUCCUCAACUUAUAUGUCAACUUUUUUUGGGUGGAGUGUUGACAAAAGGAAGUCCACUUACAGUUAUAAGAGACCUUGAACUAAAAGAACAACCUAUGCCAGUUUACAUAAAAAACAGGCGAUUGUAUGGCUCACCUCAAAUGUUACAAUUGAGUUUAGAUGGUAAACGUCUUUAUGUAACUACUGCGUUAUUUACACCGUGGGAUAAAGAGUUUUACCCAGAAUCUGUUAAAAAUGGUUCGACAUUGGUCAAACUUGAUAUUGAUCAUUUAAAUGGCGGAAUGACAUUGGAUUAUUCAUUCCUUGUUGAUUUUGGAAAAGAACCAAUUGGCCCAGUAAUGGCUCAUGAAACACGAUAUCCAGGCGGUGACUGUACUUCAGAUAUUUGGAUGAACGACGAAAAAUAAUGUAUUUAAAUGGGAUAAACUGAUAAUAUUUUAAUAUCUUUAAUUAAUAAAUAAUUAUAUUCAGA